ACAACCACACCCUGUAAAAGCUGGACACAAUCUAACUGGUAGCAAUAAAGCACACAGUUCUCCAGCAGGUGUAAGGCUGAAAACAUGAGAUUUCCUUGGCUGUGUAGAUAAUGGACUUCGGCAAGAAGAAGAGCAAAGACCAGGAUAAGGAGGCAAAGACAAAGAAAGGUCUGUUCUCUGGUCUGCACCUGAAGAAAAAGAAGAAAGGUGACAAGGGAUUGACGUUUGCAAACAAGGGUGCACUAGACGACACCGACAGCACUUAUGGCUUGGUCCCUGGAAGUGACUUGGGUGGCAGUACUGACAGUCUGCUCACCGACAUCUCUACCUCUAACACGUCCCUGUCUGCUGCUAUGCAAAAGAAAAGGUCCAAGUUAGAGGCUAAGAUUCAUGAAGGAGAAACUAAAAUCCAGACAUAUCAGAUUGCCAUAACUAUCACAGAAGCCAGGCAGCUGAUUGGUGAAAAUAUUGACCCAAUCGUCAUCAUAGAAAUUGGAGAUGAAAAGAAGCAAACGGCAGUAAAAGAAGGGACAAACGCUCCAUUUUUUAAUGAGUACUUUGUAUUUGAUUUUGUGGGGCCCCGAGAGCAGCUGUUUGACAAAAUUAUAAGACUCUCGGUUAUGCACAACAAGUUAAUUGGAGGUGUUCUGAUUGGUUCCUUUAGACUUGACUUGGGGACUGUUUACAAUGAACCAGGGCAUCAAUUCAGUGACAAAUGGGCCCUUCUGACAGAUCCUGCUGACAUCAGGACGGGCGUUAAGGGGUACCUGAAAGUGGACAUUACUGUGGCUGGCAAAGGAGACAGCGUGCAAUCGUCACAGAAAGUCAGCGAUGCCGAGGAACAAAUAGAAAAGAAUUUGCUGGUCCCCGUAGGUUUUCCCUCUGAAAGACCAUGGGCCCGCUUCUACGUGAGGAUCUACAGAGCCGAAGGGCUACCGAAAAUGAACUCCAGUAUUAUGGCCAAUGUCACCAAAGCCUUCAUGGGGGACGACAAGGAUCUUGUGGACCCAUAUGUGGUCGUCAUGUUUGCAGGACAGAUGGGUCGGACCACAGCCCAGAAAAACACGGCGGUGCCGGUAUGGCACGAGCAGAUUGUAUUUAAAGAAAUGUUCCCCCCGCUGUGUCGGAGAGUAAAGAUCCAGGUGUGGGAUGAAGGUAGCAUGAAUGACGUGGCUCUGGCAACUCAUUUCAUAGACCUGAGGAAGAUCUCAGACGAGCAAGAUGGAGACAAAGGAUUCCUUCCAACGUUUGGUCCAGCCUGGAUAAACUUGUAUGGUUCUCCUCGUAAUACCACUUUGAUGGAAGAUCACCAAGAACUCAAUGAAGGUCAUGGAGAAGGAGUUUCAUUCAGAGGAAGAAUUUUCAUUGAAAUUGCUGUGGAGAUUCUCUCUGGCGGGGCACAGGAAUCAAAGUUUUCCAAAAUCAUUAAGGACAUCAAAAUUCCAAUGAAGGACUCAAAGUCUUCGAAAGGGACAGGGAAAGAGAAGGGAGAGAAGGAGGAGGCCAAACCGGCUGCUGGUGGAGACAAGACCAAUUCCACCCAGGUGGAAGUGGAGCCUUUUGAUGUCCCUCCUGAGAUGCACGAGGAAAAGUUUGAAGACUUCCUUAUUUUUGGAUCGUUUUUUGAGGCAACCCUAAUUGACAGAAAAAUUGGGGAUAAAUCCAUAAGCUUCGAAGUCAGUGUUGGCAAUUAUGGAAAUGUUCUUGAUGGGGUGUCACCGCACAGCAGCAAAAAGAAGGCGUCUGAUGCUGAGGACUUGGAAAGUGCACCAUUACUGCAAGCUGAGGAGGGGAAUGUCUCACAUGAAAUCUCUAUGUCAUAUAAAUCAGUUACGCUGCCAGAGAAGCCUCUCAUAACAGAUGGAAACAGGAAUUACCACUACUUGCAAUUUUAUGAAAAAAAGCCAUGCAUCUAUGUGAAAAGUACUUGGGGUGACCAGACAUUCAGACUGUACACGUCCAAUGUGCUCCAGAAAAUGACCGACCACCUGCACGAGGGAUUGGAACACAUGAAGGAGCUCAUCAAGAUCUCUGAUUUUGCACCAGAAGAAAAGAUGAGGGAGGUUCUAACGGAUUUUAUUAGCCAGAGCAAGGCAUUCAUCUCUGCCGCAGAAAAGAAAACUAAAAUACUGGAUGCAACGCUCUUGGAUAAGAAGAGAGUUACACUUUGUAGGCAAGAACUGGAAGGAAUGUCAAGCGAAGCCAAAACAAUUGUACAGCAGAAGAAGAAAAUGUCAGUGAACGAGAUGACCAGAGAGAUGCAAAGUUUCAUUGACAGGCUCAAGUUUUUGGUGGAUGAGCCACAACACACAGUGCCUGACGUCUUCAUCUGGCUCCUCAGUAACAACAAGCGAGUGGCCUAUGCUCGGAUACCAGCCAGAGAUAUUCUGUACUCCCCAACGCCUGAAGAGAAAGGCCACCACUGUGGAAAGAUCAAAACACUUUUUUUUAAACUCCCAGGAAAGAGAGGUCCAGGCUGGAAUGUUCAAGCAAAGGCUGAUGUAUUCCUAUGGUUGGGCUCCAGCAAGUACUCACACUCAAUCUUUGAGAAUUUACCAACGGGAUAUGAAAUUGAAUCUCAACAAGCUUCAAGUGGGCAUCAUGGGCCACCGCCCCCCGGGUAUCUUGUAUAUAAAACAAAACACCUGUUCCAGUUGCGUGCCCACAUGUACCAGGCUCGAGGGUUAAUCGCUGCGGACAGCACCGGCCUAUCAGACCCUUUCGCAAAAGUGACUUUUGUUUCGCACUGCCAGACAACAAAGAUUAUUUCACAGACGUUGUCACCCACAUGGAACCAGAUGUUGCUAUUUAACAACAUUAUCUUGCAUGGAGAGUUACAGGACAUUGUAGAUGACCCCCCAAAUAUCGUCAUAGAGCUGUAUGAUGAUGAUGCACUGGGUAAACCGGAGUACAUUGGAUCCACUGUUGCUGCUCCAUCAGUCACAUUAUCAGAGCAGACCUAUUCUCCUGCCAAGCUGGCCUAUUAUCCCUUGUUCUGUGGCAAUCUGUCUGGGGGAGAUCUGCUAGCUGCCUUUGAAUUGUUUCAGAUUCCUGAAUCCGGAAUCCAAAGCCUGCCUCCCAUUGAGACGCCAGACCCUAGCCAAGUCUAUUCCGUCCCAGCAAACAUCCGUCCAGUACUAAGUAAAUACAGAAUGGAGGUUCUUUUCUGGGGUGUCAGAGAGAUGAAGAAGGUGCAGCUGCUAUCUGUAGAUCGCCCCCAGGUGAUGAUUGAAUGUGCGGGAAAAGGCGUUAAAUCCUGUGUUAUUCAAAGCUACAAAAGCAAUCCCAAUUUUAAUGUAAUGUCAGACUGGUUCGAAGUGGAACUGCCAGAAAAUGAAGUGUUACAUCCUCCCUUAAGUAUCUGCGUGGUGGACUGGAGAGCGUUUGGCCGAAGCACACUUGUUGGAACACACAUGAUCAAUUGUUUGAAGCAGUUCUUGUAUAAACCUCCUGAGGUGGAGCCAUCCUCAAUACAGGAGGUAGAAGAGGGCACACCCCCACCUGACUCCGAAGCUCCACAGCAUGAUGUGUCACAGCAAGACCCAGGAGAUCAUAUCUAUGUAGAUGUGGAAGCACACGCAGCCCAAGAAACUCCUUCGGGACCCACUCCAUCUCCUUCUCCAGUUCCUCCUGUAGCACCUUCACCCGAUCCAGCCGCAUAUUCACUUUUAGAAUCGGAUACUACUCCUCUUGAUCCCACAUCUGGGCCACAUGAAAGCCUAGAGAAGAGCCCAAGCCCAGUUGGCCUUAAGCCAAAAACCUCAUCAGCCACCUUUAAAUCUCCCUUGAAGAAAGACACUAAACAACAGGAGUUAGUGAGAGGAUCCACCAGGCGCUCAACGAAAAGAAAGAAGAGAACGAUAGCAGAUGAAUCUGCAGAAAAUGUCAUAGAUUGGUGGUCAAAAUACUACGCCUCCCUAGAGAAGCAACAAAAGAUGAAGGCUGAUGCAGCAGCCAUAGACGUUCCACCUCCAGUCGAGGAAUCUACAAAGCCUUCUAAGACAAAAGUGUUGCUUGUUGAUGAACACGACAAGAAGAAGAAAGAUGCCAAAAAGACACUCGACGCCAUUAAACUAAAACCAAAACCAAAGGAAGAAGGACCAAAACUUGCCACACUUCAGAUUUAUGAUGGAGAGCUGGAGAGCGAAUUCAAUAACUUUGAAGACUGGGUUAGAACGUUCGAACUUCUGAGAGGCAAAGCCAAUGAUGAAGAUCACAGCGUCCAUGAUAACAGAAUUGUCGGUAAAUUCAAAGGCUCGUUCUGCCUUUAUAAGAGCAUAGAUGAUUUAUCUAGCUCAAUGGAUAAUCGGCAGAUGAAAAUCACACAGGGGAUCCCACCUAAUCAUUCUGUUAAAGUCCUCAUCCGUGUCUAUAUUGUGGCUGGAAUUAAUCUGAGCCCAGCUGAUCCGGAUGGAAAAUCUGAUCCAUACAUUUUUCUUAAAUUGGGAAAGACUGAGAUAAAAGACCGGGACAGAUAUAUCCCUAAACAACUGAAUCCAGUGUUUGGAAGGUCAUUUGAAAUUCAAGCAACUUUCCCGAAGGAAUCUCUGUUAACUAUCCUGAUCUAUGACUACGAUUUAAUUGGGAGUGACGAUCUCAUUGGAGAGACAAAAAUUGAUUUAGAAAAUCGCUUCUACAGCCUGCACCGUGCAACCUGCGGCUUACAGAGUCAAUAUGAAAUAGAAGGAUACAAUGCUUGGAGAGACAGCACCAAACCCUCAGAAAUACUCACCAAACUGUGUAAAGACAACAAUUUAGGUGUUCCAGUAUUUACUCCGGGCCAGAUCCAGAUUGGAAGCAAAGUUUUUAAUGGAAAAACUGUGUUUGAUCAAGAUGAUGAGCAAGUAGAAUCCUAUGAACACCUGGCACUGAAGGUUCUUCAUUCUUGGCAAGAGAUCCCUGGCAUUGGAUGUAAACUUGUUCCAGAGCACAUUGAAACCCGACCACUGUAUCACAGAGAUAAGCCAGGAAUUGAGCAGGGUCGGAUACAGAUGUGGAUUGACAUGUUUCCAACUGACCUGCCACUUCCUGGUCCUCCGGUGGAUAUUUCACCUCGUAAGCCCAAAGGGUAUGAAUUAAGGAUAAUAAUUUGGAACACAGAGGAUGUGAUCCUUGAGGAUGAGAAUAUUUUCACUGGGCAAAAAUCAAGCGACAUCUAUGUUAAAGGGUGGUUGAAGGGCAUUGAAGAAGACAGUCAGGAAACAGAUGUCCACUAUAACUCUCUGACCGGAGAAGGAAACUUCAACUGGCGUUUUGUAUACCCCUUUCACUACUUACCAGCUGAGAAACAAGUAGUGGUCAGCAAGAGAGAAAAUAUUUUCUCACUGGAGAAGACAGAACGUAAAAUUCCCGCCGUACUGGUAAUGCAGGUCUGGGACUUUGAGAGACUUUCAUCUGAUGAUUUCCUUGGCUCCAUUGAACUUAAUCUGAAUGGUUUCCACCGAGGAGCCAAGACAUCCAAGAGCUGUGACCUCAGCAUGGCCACCACCUUGAAGGACGAAAACAAGAUCUCCAUCUUUCAGCAGAAACGCAUUCGGGGUUGGUGGCCAUUCGUAAAAACUGGAGAGCUCACGGGUAAAGUUGAAGCAGAAUUCCAUCUUGUCACAGAAGAGGAAGCUGAGAAAAACCCUGUGGGUCGUGCUCGGAAAGAACCAGAGCCAUUAGAGAAGCCAAACCGUCCAGACACUUCGUUCUCAUGGUUCAUGAAUCCUUUCAAGUGCUUCUUCUAUCUCAUCUGGAGGAAUUACAAGAAAUACAUCAUCAUUGCCCUGGCUCUUCUCAUUCUUGCCCUGUUUAUUGCACUAUUUGUCUAUACACUGCCAGGCGCCAUCAGCCACAGAAUCAUGAAUGGAUGAAGACGACGGACCCGAUUAGUUUCACUUUGCUGUUGAGUUUAUAGUACAAGACCUUUUACUGGCAAGUCUCAGUAGACUGGAAACUGCUUUUACACUCUACAGACGAUUAAGAUAAAUUGCCUUUAUUUUCCUGUUUGGAUACAAUUCACUAAUAUUCAAGCUUAAUAAACUGCAAAAAAUUAUA